AUGGAUACAAGUGAUGAAAUUAUUAGAGGAUUGAAAGCUCUUGGUGAGGAAGCAUCAAGUAGAGAUCCUUGGUUAAUUUAUUUAAUGCUUCAAAAACUUGAUUCAGAAAGUAGAAGGCUUUGGUCUUCUGAGACUGCUAACGUAGACUUUCCUUCUUUGAAAUCAUUUUUUGAUUUCUUGAAAACAAGGUGUUCGUCUCUUGAGUUAAUAAUGAACAACGAGUUAAAACAAGUAGAACCAAUGAAAAAUAAUGUUGGUAUAAAAAAUCGCUCAGAUGUCAGAAUUACUAAAAAUUGCAUUAAGUGCCAUGGAGUGCAUCCCUUGUUUAAAUGCGUGAAAUUUAAAAGCAUGGAUUUUAGUGGGAGAAAGAAUUUUGUAAAACGAAACCAAUUGUGUUAUUUGUGCUUAAAUUUGCACAGGGUAAAAGACUGUCCGAAUUCACAUUUAAAGUGUAUGCUGUGUCAAGGAAAGCACAAUACAUUAUUGCAUGAAAAUAUUAAGGGGAAUACUGCUAGUGUUUCUGAAUAUUUAGUUGAGAAAAAAAGAUUUCAAACUACCGUAGAAGAAAAUGACAAUCCACGAGAGAGUUUUUCACCUGAUUGUGAACUUGACUCUAACAACGUAAAUCGGGGUGUUAUUUCCAGUACUUCUGUAAACAAUACUAGAAGUGUUUCUUUUCUUCCUACUGCUCAAGUUGUAAUUCAGGAUAGUUCUGGAAAAUCUUAUACUUUCAGAUCUUUGCUGGAUUCAGGAUCUGAAUGCUCAUUCAUCAGUGAGAAUUUAAUGAAUGUGUUACGAUUAAGAAGAAAAAAUGAUAGAAUUUCUUUGACUGGGAUUGCUGAAGUGUCCGCUGGUCAAACUCGAGGCUCCGGAAUGCUUGACAUUGGGUCGAAAUUUUCUAAUGAGCGCAUCGAAGUUAAAGCAUAUAUUUUGAAUAAAUUAACUGCUCAGUUACCAUCUGAAUUUUUGGAUUUAAAGGACUUAGAUUAUAUUAAAGCUAUCAAUAAUCUUGCGGACAAAGAAUUCAUGCGUCCGCAACCAAUUGACAUUAUUUUGGGUUCCGACUGUUUUUUCACGAUAAUGCGAAAUGGUAAAAUUGUUGGUUCGAAGAAUGAACCCAUUGCCCAAAAUACGAUGUUUGGAUGGGUUAUUGCUGGAAGAAUUCUUCGUAGUGACAUUUCGUCUCCCAUUGCUCAUUCGCAUUUUAUUAAUGUCGAAGAAAACACAAAUAUAGAUGCAAUUCUUCAGAAAUUUUGGCAAACUGAAGAAUUCCCCGUGAAAAAGAGACUGCUAUCCGAAGAAGAGGAAUUUUGUGAAACUCAUUUUCAGACUACCUUUAAAAUUAAUGAUCAGGGUCGAUUUGUAGUCAAGUUGCCAAUUUACAAAGAUAAAUCAUUUUUUAUGAUUGAUUAUGAAAAAUUGGGACACAUGACACGUGCUGAAACAAGCCCUGACUUUUUAAACUCUGAUACAUACUUUCUUCCUCAUCAUGCUGUUAUCAAGAAUGAUAGUGUUUCUACAAAACUCAGAGUUGUUUUCGAUGGUUCAUGUAAGCCACCUGAUUCACAGUCCUUGAAUUCUAUCUUGGCUGUUGGUCAAACAGUGCAACCAGAUUUAUUUGCUAUUCUCAUGAGGUUUCGUAUGAAUAGAAUUGCAUUUUCAGCAGAUAUUCAACAGAUGUAUCGGCAAAUUCUUGUUGAUUUUGCGGAUCAAGAUCUAUAG